CUUUUCUCCUACCAUACCGGCAUCCUCAAGCGUCCUUCGUUGUCUUUUAAUAUACGUAAUACGUAAUUACAAACGAAAGAUAAGUUUGUAUAUUUUUUGUUUGUAAAAACGACGAACAUAUUUCUAUUUAUAUUAAUGGAAUUAAUUGAUAUCUUCGUAUAAGUUUGCAAUCGAUGUAAAUAAACAUCUUUAUAUCUGCCGACUAUACAACUAACAGAUUUGACAAAAUGGUUUGUGAAAAGUGUGAAAAAAAAUUGGGAAAAGUUAUUACACCAGAUCCAUGGAAAUCUGGUGCUAGAAAUACAGUGGAAAGCGGUGGUCGAAAAGUUGGAGAAAAUAAAGCCCUUUCGGCGAGCAAGGCACGAUUCAAUCCGUAUACUGCAAAAUUUGAGACUUGCAGAAUAUGCAGACAAAAGGUUCAUCAAGUAGGUUCGCAUUAUUGUCAGUCAUGCGCUUAUAAAAAAUCUAUAUGCGCGAUGUGUGGUAAAAAGCUUAUGAGUACAAAAAAUUAUAAGCAAUCUGCUACGUAAAGUUAACAAGCUUUGUAAAGAAAUAUCUUAUGAAAUAAGUGAUCAUAUUUUUAUAUGUAUAAAAUGAUACAUAUGGAAAACAGAAGAAAAUACGAAAAGUAUUUUCGAAACUAUCCUUAAUGUCUUCUAAUUACAAAUAAUAAUAUGUAACUUAUGUAUUUGUAUGUACAUGGAAUAUUUUAAUUUGGUAAUAUUUCAUCUUUUUAGAAGUUUAUUUAAGUGUUUUGUUAAUAUAACCAAUGACUGAAUAUUAAACGUAUUAAUACUUCUAUAUAUUAGCAUGCACAAAUUUAAAUGUUAUUAUACAAAACAGAAGUGAACAAUGAUAAAAUUUAGAAUUAAGAAUAAUCAAAAAUGGUUUUUGCGUUAUAAAAAAAAAAGAGAAAAAAAAAAAAAAGAUUUCUUUAUCUUAAUCUUUUAUAAUAUUGUCAUAUCAUACUCUUUUGACGUGUUUAUGUCUAAAUACCUAUGCACACAGACAAGUA